UGAGAUGUUGAUGCGAACUGACAAUGGCCAACCAGGAAAACACAUUGCGAACCCAACCACCUGAGCGGUCUGAUAUAUUUAUGGUAAACGAUGAGGCACAUGCAUCCAUUGCUGUGGGAAAACUGAUCCGGCACACCCAAGACGAUCUUAAGGUAUUCGGGGUUGACUGCGAAUGGGAUUUGGUUAGCAAAAAAGGCCAACCACACAAACCCGACGUUCUUCAGAUCGCGACUGUAGACGGCUUCUGCGCCAUCUUCAGACUUCAUUUGCUGAAAAAGGUUCCACAAGAGCUUAAGGGAUUUCUCGAGGAUCCAUACUAUGCUAAGGUCGGCGUGGGAAUUAUCGAGGACUGUGACAAGCUCAGGACGUACUUCGAGGUCAACACCGGUUGUGCGAUCGACGUCCGCUUCCUCGCCGACGACCAUAAGAUUCUUCCCAGGGGCCUCAGUCACCUCACGAAGUCCGUCCUAGGAGUCGACCUGACCAAGCAUCAUCAUUCCUUCCACUACUGGACGGGCAGACUGUCAGCCAUUCAGAAACAAUACGCGGCGUUAGACGCAAUCUACCCUGCCAGGCUGUUCUACAAGCUGAGCCACGAAAAACUCCUCCAGCUGUACGAAAACGAAUGGCAAACCUGGAGUCCCGAGCAAUACCACCAGAAAUCCAUCGGGUUGUGGGAAAAAUACGUGAACGUACCGUUCGACUUCUCAAAGUCCAAUUACGUUAAGAGCCAGGUGAUAGACAUGAUGUUGGCCUACGCCGACCUUUCCAUGAAGGACGUAAAAGACCAAGCGGUUGUAGAAGAAGAGCCACCAACACCACCAGACUUUAAAGCUAGGUUCGCAUCUAACAAGUCAGCAUUGAGGAAGGCGAGGCAAAACGACCGAGCAAAGAGAGUCCCACUAAGGUUCUUCAGGGCUCACGUCCGUCGAAUGAUGAAGCAGGGGUUGGACUUGAGCACGAUUCCGGUGGACACGAUACCACGGUCCAUGCUGGGUCCUGAUGGUCAAUUGGACAUGGAGAGGGUCAAGGAAGAAUUAGUGGAGUUUAAUUGACGUUGAGUGUGAGACUUUGAAUAUGAUCUACAGAACACGAAAGACACGUGUUAUGAGGACACAAUAGUGAACGAAUCAAUUCACAAUUGAACUUAGAAUUAUUUCCUCAGGUUAAUUUAGAUUAUUUGUUAUACUAAACUAGCUAGUUCUGUACAUUAAA